UCAUAAAAUAUUGUCACUAAUAUGGAACUCCAAUGGCAUCCUUCAUGCACCCAAUUGCAUACAACAGAUUCAUUGCAAUUCAAUAGAUAGUGCAAUCAAUGAAAUCAUACCAAAGUUGCCCGCUAGAAAAUGUGAAACCACUGCAUGUACAAGAUUUGCACAUAAAAAGACUUGUGUUACCUGAGGUUGACAUAUUUGGAAGGCAUUAUAACACAUUAGAUUCAUUAAACUUCUCUUCUUCCCCCUUACUAAGAUUCAUCAACUAAUGGUAAAAUCUACCAUGUAAUAGUCAGCUAUUGAAUAAGAGUAUCUGUAUGGCUUAUCUAAUUUUUUUCGCUCAGCAUUGCAUUUAUUGAUGCCAUUAGGACUUCCCAUACUGUAGCAUUUCAAAGAGGUGUAUAAAUAUAUAAAGGUGAGAUCUGUUUCGUAUGGCUCUUCAAACCCCUUUGGCACAUUAAUUCCCUAUCUCUUUUCUUUUCUCUUCUGAUAUUUUUCAUAGGUGAUCCGGGAGAGGAUGAUGGUUGUGGAUGUGAGCUCAGAAGCACGAAUGUUGAGAGGUUACGAGGAAGGGGACCGGAGGAGGGAGCUCGUUACUAGAGACUUGCUCGGCGGCAACGGAGCAGUGCUUGGAUCCACUGUGGUGGAUCUCGAGCUCAAAGUUCCAGCCGGUUGGGAAAGGCGGCUCGAUCUAUCAUCGGGAAGAACGUACCUCCUGAAGCGCAACCCUGAUCCGGCACCCCGGCGAUACCACGAACUCAACCUCAAGCUCCCUCCGCCAUCCUCCGCCGCACACUUCCUGGAAAUGGAGGUCGGAGAUUGA